ACGAAGCUUUAUCAACCCCGGCAAUUUGCGUUCAGCAAUACGGGGAUUUGCAUUUAUUAGUUGCAUAAUUAUAUUAAAUAAUGAGAAUCAACGCAACGAAAAUGAGUACUCCGAUCGAGGAGAAGAUUGAUCAAAAGUUGAAGGUAAGAACAGGAAUGGUGAGUGUUAGUGAUGGAAAAAGUAAACCAGUACCAAUGCGUUUACAUCUAUCUAUGGAAGUUUUAAAACUUCAAAGAGAAGAUUUAGAGCAGGCAGCGAAUCAUAAUAAACCACCAUUAGAUGCUAAAGAAAGAAUGGUACAAAUUACAAGACAAAAGAUUGGAGGCUUAGGACUAAGUAUAAAAGGAGGAGCAGAACAUAAACUUCCUGUACUUAUAUCUAGAAUUUAUAAAGGCCAAGCAGCUGAUCAAUGUGGCCAAUUAUUUGUAGGAGAUGCAAUUAUUAAAGUAAAUGGAGAAUAUAUAACUGCAUGUAAUCAUGACGAUGCUGUCAACAUUUUAAGAAAUGCUGGUGAUAUAGUAGUUUUAACAGUAAAACAUUAUCGUGCAGCAAAGCCAUUUCUACAAAAAAAUGAAAAAGAAGAGAAAUUAGACAAUGUUGCAAAUGGAGGAUCAGAAGAUGAAUGGUUAUCAUCUAAUAGACAAAGUGAUAGUUCUAGAUGUGGUCAUAGUAGACAAAGUUCAAAUGCAUCUGCCACUUCAAUGCAAUAUAAAAAAUGGAUAGAUAUUAUAACAGUUCCAUUAAUGAUGGCUUAUGUAACAAGAUAUAUCUUUGGAACAGAUAAACUAAGAAGAAAUGCGUUUGAAGUAAGAGGAUUAAAUGGUGCACGUACUGGUGUAAUUCAUUGUGAUGAUAGUGCCAUUUUAAGUCAAUGGUUAAAAUAUAUAACUGAUAACAUUACAGGUUUAACGCAUUUACAGAUGAAAUUAUAUAAUCGCAAUUUUGGAGUUGGUGAACGUAUAGAAUAUAUGGGAUGGGUUAAUGAAGCAGUAAGUAAUAGUAAUCAACCAUGGCAAAGUUAUAGACCAAGAUUUUUAGCAUUAAAAGGACCUGAUUUAUUAUUAUUUGAAACCCCUCCUUGCAAUAUAGGAGAUUGGUCACGAUGUGCAUUAACUUUUAAAGUAUAUCAAACAAUGUUUCGCGUAAUGCGAGAAUCUGAAAAUGUUGAUGAAAGACAACAUUGUUUUUUAGCACAAAGUCCAGGUAAACCACCGCGAUAUUUAAGUGUCGAAACUAGACAAGAACUAUUAAGAGUAGAAGCAGCAUGGCAUACUGCAGUAUGUUCAGCUGUUACACACUUGAAAAGUAAAACAUUUCCAGUUACUUUUAAUGGAAAAAGUGCAGGUUUAACUCUAGAAUGGACUCAAGGUUUUACACUUUCUUAUGAUGACAUUGGAGAAACUGUAUGGCGUUAUAAAUUUUCACAAUUAAGAGGAUCUAGUGAUGAUGGAAAAAGUAGAUUAAAAUUACACUUUCAAGAAUCGGAUAGUAUUGCUAUUGAGACAAAGGAAUUGGAAUGUUCUCAAUUGCAGAAUUUAUUAUUCUGUAUGCAUGCAUUUUUAACUGCAAAGGUUGCUGCAGUUGAUCCAACAUUUUUAACAUCAACAACUCCAUAAAAUUGAAGUAAGUAUUAUUGCCAAAUAAAUCAGAAAAUGGACCGCUGUUCAAUAUUCACAUAUUUGCAUAAAUAGAAAUAUUCUAAUUAAUAAAUUAGAUUAACAAAAUAAAAUACUAGUCAAUUUUUAAAAAAGCUCUUUAUUGUUUUUGAACAAAAAUUGUAUAAAUAUUUUAUUUUUAUGUUUCUAAUUUUAUUUCUAUAAAAUAAUAGCGAAAUUUCAUAUUUAAUGAUUUUAUUAACAAAAAUUAUUUUAUUUAUUGUGUACCUUAUUAUUAAUUAAGUAUUGCUAUUUAUUCAAUAUAUUAGACAUUUUUUAAUGAAUUUAUAUUUUCUUACUAUAUUUUAAAUUCAUCAUAAAAUACAAAUAUUGUUACUUCAUUUUUAUUUUCUUUUAUAUAACAAUCAUAUUUGCAUUUAUUAUGAAAAGAAAAAUCUUAAGUCAGAAAUUUAAAAAAAACUUGUACUCGUUCAUGAUUUUUAAGUUCCAAUGAUAAGGCAAUCUUUUUUAAGCAAUAAGUUAUACAUUAUGUGUUAAAUUUUUUUUCAUAUAUUCUGGUGCCUUAAAAACCAUGAACAAGAUGUAAUUAAUAAGUUAAAAAAAUUCAUUAGUUAAGCAUAGUUCUUUAGAACAGCAAAUUUUAUGCAUUUAAUAUUAAUAAAUAUGCAUUAUAUUAGAAAAUUUCAUAUUAUGUUAAACACAAAUUCAAAAUUACAUUAACUUGAUAUUAAUUAUAAAUCAGUAUUACUUAAGAGAAAAUAAAUUAUGGUGUAAUUAUCUAAUAGCAAUAAGUAGUAUUAAUAGUAGAUACAUGGUGACACAUCUAUUAAACAACUUUAUUUACAAAUAUAUAUAUAUAAAUGACAGAGAAAUUACAAGAAAAAAAAUUAUUGAAACUUAGCAUUAAUAAAUUUAAUAAGUAGUUAAAUUGUUAAUUAUUUUUCUCUGAAUGCUAGCAUUUUUUAAUAAAUUUUCAUUUUUAUAUUCAAUAUGAAUCUAAAUAAAUUUAAAAUGUUGUUUAUUAGAUAUUUUUUUUAUUAUAUGAAAAUUCUACUAUGAAUGAUAAUUUAUUACAUUGUAUGAUUUCAUUCCCAUUUAAAAGUUGUAAUAUUACUAAUUAUAUUAAAAGUUACUUAAAACAAAUAUCAUAUUCUGUGCAAUUAAUCUAUCAAUUUACAAAUCUAUUUAGAGCAAUAAAUGUAUAAUAAAUCAAGAAACAAAACAAAUGCUGUUUAGAUUACAAACUGCACUUUAUAUUAAUCAUGAUACACAAUUUUUAUUGUUAAAAUAUAACAAUUUUAUCAUAACCACUUCAAAAAAAUAAAACUGUAUGUGCUUAUAAUUACAUAUAUAAAUAUAUAUAAUUUAUUCUUUAAUUAUUUAAUUUUCUUGGUUGAUGAUUUACUAUUUAAAAAAGACAUAUUUUUAGCAUUUACAUAGAAAUUUAAUAAAAAAAAUUUAAUAGAAUUUUAAUAAAAAAAUUAUUAAAAAUUUCAUUUCCAAUUUAUAUAUUUUAAAAAUAUGCAAUUAAAAUUAUGGAAAGUGCCUAUAUAUAUAUAUUAUAAUAACAAUCAUAAAAGAAAUUGUUUUUAUAUAAAAUGUAAUUAAUUUUGUUUGUCUUAUUCUCAAAAUCUAACUAAAUUGUUUUAAUUGUUUUGUAUUAAAUUGUUAUCAUGGUCAGAAUUUUUAAUAUUAUAAUGAUUUAUUAUAACUAAAAGGCACUUUGGAAAGAAUUAUUUCAUUUUAAUAUUUUAUAUUUUUGAUAAAAUAAUGUUUUUUAAAUCUUAUUUGUUCAUAAAAUAAGCAUAUGCAUAUAAUAUUGAAUAAUAAUAUAAUUUAGAUAUUAAAUGCAACUAAUUACUGAAUUUAAUUACAGAAACAUUGCGGUGAAUUUUAUAAAUUUUAAUAUUGUUAGAAUGGUCAAAACUAUAAAAAAAAAUUCGGAUACAGGGAAGUAUUAUUCAUAAUCAAUCACUUGUUAGAUUUGCAAUUUAAUAGGGACAUAAUAAUAAUUCUAACAUGCACGCAAAUCAUACAUUCAAUCAUAAAGUAAUUGCAAUUAUUAGAUGCAUAUGUUGCAAUAUUCUGUAACAUUGCCAUUUUUUAUUAUAUAUAUACAUCGCAUGUAUUCUAUAGUUAAAUUUAGAUUAUUAUUAAAAAAAACUGCACAAUUAGAUUAAAUAUGUAAAAUAAGUAAUUGAAUUAAAAAUUGAACAAUAAUAAACAUAUUUAUUUAUCAUUAAUUAUUAUUUAAGAAAUUAUUUUUUUAAAUAAAAUCAUUGGAGAAUUCACGAAAAUUUCUAUAACUUUUCAGUAAUAAAUAUUUAUUUAUAUAUAAAUAUAAAGAAUACAAUAUAUUUAAUUUGAUAAAUUUUUAAUCAAAAUAUAAUAUAAUCAAAUAUAAUUUUAAUAAAUAUAAAUACUAAUAUAGAUGAUAUAAUUUAUAUUAUUAUAACUAUUUUUAAAUUAAAUUCAUUAAUGUUAAUAUAAUUUUUGUGAAUUCUACAAUGUAUUGAUAUUUACAUAUAUUUUUUUUAAAUAUAUUAUACAUUAUGUAUAUAGUAUAUACAUUUUUUAAAUAAUAUUUUAAUUAAAAUUGAUAAUUCUGAAAUCCCAUUUCUUCUUUUUCUUUAUUUAAAUAAUGAAAAACUUUGUUUAAAUUGAUAUCAGAAUAAUAUGGGAUUACAGAAAUACAAUUAUGAAGGACAAGAAAACAUAAAAAAAAUAUUUAUCUUAUAUUUUAAAAUAUAGUUUAUAUAUUAUAAUGUUUAUCCUCCUAUUGACAAUAUGUUUUAAAAUAUAUUAUUGUUAGAAGUUAUAAAUGUAAAUUUAUAAUA